GCGCAGCGAAAAGGCAAGGGGGUUGUUGAUGCAAAGAGCCCAGAGAGAGGACCGAAUGAAGUCAUGGAUGCGGUGUCGGAAACUCCCGGGGCAUUAUUGCUUUGCUUUGCACUUUCGCAGCCGAAGCUUUCAGUGCAAGGUGCCACAGACGCCAUAGGGAGGAAGGAGUACCUGGAGUCUGCGUUGAAAUGGGAGUUGGAAUGCGGCUCUAUGUUUGCAUCAGCUGCAAACAGUUUGACUACCUCCGGCAGUAUUGUAUACUCGUUGGCGUCGCUGCACUCGUGGAUGGUCUUCUGUCCCGUCUGGCAUUCCUCAAAGAUGAUCGUUCUCCAAGCGCAACAGAGAGGACUGAGUCAAAGCGAGGCUGCGGAGAAGGCUGCCGAACUUGUAUGGAAGGAAUUGAAAAAGGCAUGUGAAGAAGCCCUCCCAAGAUUGGCAGAAAAUGCAACAUUCGCCGUUGCCGGACUUUGCCAGGUGAUCCCAUCAUCUGCACACAACCUUUGGUCAACGAUAAUUGAGUUUCUUCAAGAGAGGUUGAAGAACCCGCUACACGAGUCAGCUCAAUCAUCUGCUGCUUUGGCUCUCGGUCCUUCAGCAGCUCUGCUCCAUCCUACAGAAUGGAAGCUUCGUUCCCAGAUUGCUCUCGACUUAAUCGAUCAAGUGAAACAUAGUGACAGCCCUGCAGUUCGGUUUUCAUGUGCGUCAUCGCUCGGGCUUCUUUUUGAUGGCUUAUUGAAAGGGCGGUAUGGAGGGGAUGACCAUCAGAGUACGGAAAGCGAUGAAGAGGAACUAAGUCACUCCCCUUCGUCUCGACGCGAAAGACGCCAGAUGGCGGGCGACGGAAUUCAUUUCGAGCGGGAGAUGGCGACUGUGACGGAUAUGGUAGAGGAGUUGUUGAAUAUUGUCGUCGCACUCCGGCCUGUUGCCAGGUUGGACGUCGAAGAAGUGAUUGAAGCGUCGCAGUUAGGACUCAGUUUAGCGGCAGACGGCGGCCGCACAGCAGGUCUCACAGUGGCAAUGCAAGCGGGUAAGGAGGAGCCAAACGUUUGGGCUGUUGUCGGGAUCAUUCUGGCCAUUGCGCAUGGCGUCAUGGCGUUGGAGAGGGGGAGAGGACAGGCUGGUGUGGAGGCGAUAAUAAAGGUCCUGACUUCAUGGCUGUUGUCGCCAAGAGGCGGCAGCCAGUCAGAGCAGGAGGAAUCGUCUGUGCGUCAGGUGGUUGGUGGUGUGCACACUGGAGGGAUUGCACUUACAAUUGGUGCCAGUCUAGCUCUUCCGGCAAUCGCGAGUGCAGCAUACCGUGCGGAAUUGAUUGCGGACGAGGAGGUUGACUCGAUCUUGAAGGCUAUGGAACGGAUUCUUCUGAUGGGUAGUGUCGGGGACAUGGCCUCACCCUCACCUGCAGGAGGCGAAGCAGCGAGGGCGGUCUCUACGGAAGCAGCACACUUGUUUGCUGCCGCAUGUAUGGGGAUCGGUACGUACGUAGACGAGAUGGUGAGGGAAGGGUUCACGGUUUCGGUCAGCCGAUUGCAGAGCAUCAUGUCCACGAUGAUCGCUGGCUGUGAUGAGCGCCACUUGGCAGUGCAGCGGAUGGGAGCCAUGACCGGUCUUUGCAGUUUGUUCGGCGCACGAGUCUUGGGUGUCGCGUCGCGCAGAUCUUCUCAUGGAUCGACAACCUUAAUGGGAAGCAGCAGGCAGGGGGCACGCCAAUCGAACAUGUCUUUUGUGGCAGGCCCCCUCCUUCUUGAGCCUGCACUUGAGAGAGAGAUUAGCGGUGCGAUUCAGCGAAUGGUGGAGAUUGCUUGUAGCAGCAGAGAUCAGCGGAUUAGACGACAUAGUGGAUGGGCCCUCGCGUUUGCCCACAGCGCUUACAUGGCAGAACAUUUGCCUGAACGCAUUCCGUUAGCAACUUGUGUCGGUCCGCUGUCCUCGUCGUCAUCAAGCGGAGGGGUAUCGGUUGAACUUGCACAUUUGAGGACACUCCAAAGCUUGCCAGAGGAGGGAGCGCUUCGCACACUGACGGAAUGGCUCGUUGAGCUCGGCGAGCGAGCGAGGCAGAAGUCGUCAAUCGAUGAGAGCACAGGAGACGCCUCGAAGGGAAACAACGACGGCAGAGGAAAUGCAAGUUUGUCCAAGGAAAAUACCAAGCGGAUUGCCGAGUCGGUCUUGCGAUGUCUCGGAAAGGCACCUCGUUUGCCACUCCUUGAUUGGGUGGUUCUGCUGAAGAGGAUAAUGCGGCGGCUUCUGAGAGCGAAGCACUAUGCCGCUGCUUUAUUUCCUGAUCAGGAAGGAGGAGGAGGAGGAGGAGGAGAAGGAGGAGGCACAAAAGUUACUGCGGAGGGACUUGGAACAAGAUUACGCAGAGAAUGUGUGAAGUUCGCCCUGGAUUGCGCUCCCAGUUUUCCGCCGAUGGUGGUGCUGCUUGACGAGCUCUCGGAGCUCACACGGUUCUCCGUGCUCGAACCCACGAUCCAAGAGUUGCUUCUGCAGAGCCUUUCGAGUUUGGUACAUGUGUUCUCGAUUGGACGCUCUAAACAGCUGUUUGGCGAUUUUAGGCGGCUUAUACUUGACGACAACCGUGAAAGGAAGAGUAAACAUGAAGACAGCGGCAGCAAAACUAACGCAUCCAGGAGCAGCGGCGUGAGAGGCAAUCGAGGAGGACGCGAAUAUGAACGGAGCACCCCUCUUUUCAGAAAAGCGGCAUGGUCGGGGCUUUCACAGUGCCUCGUGUUUGUUAAGAAAGCCCAGGCAGACAAUGCGUCGGGAGAGCAAUCGCAGCUACAGGUGUGGACGAAGCUCGACGGGGAGGUUCUCUCGUGUAUCGAGGCCUUGUAUAUGACUUUGGACCUACCGUCGAGCAUGCAGACUGCAGCACAUGAAAGUAGGUUCAGGCAGGCGGCCAACGCUGUUGUUGGGUCGGAAUUCCAAGUUGUACGAGGAGUUGUGCAGAAGACAAACGCCACAGACACUGGAAUGGUCCAAGAAGUGGGGACCGCCGUGGUGGGGACCGCCAUGGUGGGGACCGCCAUGGACAGAACCAUGGAGGAAUGGGAUGCAGCGAUUGCCUGUCUGGCACAGGGACAAACAAAGUGGACACUUGAGCUCCUGAAGAUUCUGAAAAAGAGCAGCAGUGAAGCAGAGGACGGCUUAGGAACGGUCUCCAUGUCAGCAUCGUUGAUUGCUGACGUUAGCCUCAAUGUGGCAAAAGCGUCCAUUGCGAGAGCUCGUCUAGUUGCAGUAGCAGCACUACCUCCCUCCGAAUUAAUGUCAUCGAGGACAUGGGUUGCCAAUCUAGAUGCAGCUGCAGGUGAUUGUUACGCACGGCCUGUGAUGGUGGAGAUGGCUCGGGCAUUACGAGGAGUGACAGCGCAGCACAAAAGAGAGUGGGUCCUGGACAGCAUAGACACCGCCCGUAUGUGCUGUCGCCCUUUCCUGGUGAUCCAGCUCCUCGCUCUCUUGGUGAGCAGCUGGUCGAACCACUGUGCAGUUCUGACGUCAGAGCCCACAGAAGCUCUGAAGCUGCUACCGCUCACCUUCGCAGAGCUGCUAGGACACGAGGAAUGGCAGACGGCUGGGCAGCUAGCGCUUUCUAAGCUCGCCGGACUGUUGGAGGCUUCAUUCGCUGGAGGAGGUUCGCCAGUCGCACCGAUUGCAACGCUGUUAACGGGCGCAACACUGACAUGCUCUCAGCAGUACAGCCGACAAGACCAGCGGUGUCGGCAGGUCCGAAGGUACGAUGCUCGUUCACAGCCAGAUUCGCGUCUCGGAGAAGACGCCCCUUUGGAACGUGGUGGCGUCAUGAGCAUUUGCCGUCGGCCUGGCUUUUCGGAUGCGCAGAGCUCCGUGGACGUCGUUCACGAGGAUCUGAGGAAGGAAGAGAUGCGGGAGAUUGCAAAAUGGCUCGCCCCGGUCGCAGUCGCGCUCCGGAACCGUUUGCAGCCAGAUUCGUGGCAGAGAAUAGCUGCAGUGAUUUUGCAUUGCAACUUGAUCGAGCUCGAUAUGUCGUCACGUCAGUAAGCAGUGAAAUCCAGUUGUGAUGAACGUCAUCAACAUCAUCUGCACAGUAGUUUUUUUCCCCUCAUGGAGAUGAUAUGUUCAUUUUCUU